AUGUCCAAGAUGGCGCAGAAAGCGGGGAUGAAGCUGUUCGAGAAACAUCUCGAGCAGUAUGCCCCCGCCGAUCCUUAUUACGAAGAGUACGUAGACGACAAGGGAAAGAAGAAGAGGCGCAAGCGCGAGGUUCCGCCCGGACUUUCGAAGAGAGACAUCGCGGUCUUGAAGAAGGUCAAGAAGCGAGCUCACUAUCUUGACAAGGGCUUCUCCAUCUGUGGAUUCCACUUUGGAUGGACCUUUAUCAUUGGUUUCAUUCCGGUGGUCGGGGACGUUACAGACGCAGCACUCAACUAUUUCCUCGUCGUUCGCAAGGCCAAGCAAGCGGAAAUCCCUGGAUGGCUUCUCCGCAAGAUGUUGUUCAACAAUGCCGUCUCUGCCGGAGUUGGGCUCGUUCCCAUUUUAGGGGACGUUCUCAUUGGCGUGUGGAAAGCAAACUCGCGUAAUGCUAUGCUCCUAGAAGAGUUCCUGCGCAUUAGAGGAGAGGAAUUCUUGAAAAUUGAGCCUGCGCGUAAUGAGGAUCCUAGCGUUAUCAAGCCUGGUGCUGGACGAGAACAAGGCGAGAAGGUGGAUGGAAAGAAGACCGGUACAGUCAAGAGCACAGCUGCCUACGUCGGAUCUGCUGGACCCUCUCGCGCCUAA